AUGCCAAAAUCCCGGCCGUUGAAGUUGGUCCGUCAUCCGCUGGCAGGGCCCUCUCAUCCUCUUCUUCGUCAACAACAACGCCCAGUAACAACAGCCAGCCUGGCUCCAGCCGAAACAGAACGCCCCAAACUGUCCACAUUCCAAGCGUGGAUCGUCAUCAUCCAGCUCUGCGGCAACAGCUUCAUCAACAGCUUCAGCGCCGGCCUGCUCAUGGUGUGUCUGCCCGUCAUGGCAGCCGAUCUGAACCUCCCCCAAAACCUUCUGACCUGGCCAAACUCCGUCUCUGCACUCACCAGCGGCUCGUGCUAUCUGGUCAUGGGUUCGGUCUCUGAUGUGCUGGGAGCUCGACGAAUGAACGUCCCUGGAAGCUUCCUCCAAUCCAUCUUCAUCAUUGCCACUGGGGCGUCCCAAAACGGCGGUGAGCUAAUUGCCUUCCGCGCCCUGGGCGGCGUCGCCAAUGCCCUGUUCACGCCAUCUGCCAGGGCCAUGCUCUCCACCAACAUCGCCCACGGCAGGCUCCGCAACUUCGGCUUCGCCUCUAUGUUCUUGGCCUUCCCUCUUGGUGCUGGCCUUGGUCUGGUCUUGGGAGGAAUCUACGCCGACGAAGCAAACUGGCGGGUCGGAUACUACUCCAGCGGUGCGGUUGGCCUGUGCCUCUCACUCUUGGGGCUUUGCACUCUGCCUAAAGACGAGAAGCCUCUCGGCACGGCACGAGAAGCACUGGACAGACUGGCGUUUGAGAUUGACUGGAUGGGUGUUGCCCUGGCAAGUAGCAGCGUCGCUCUACUUUCAGUCGUCUUUGCCAUGCUGUCUGUCAAUGCGGACGAUAUCCGUCGCCCGGUGAACAUCGUACUCUUGGCGAUCAGCAUCGCACUCCUCCCGGCUUUCGUUCUAUGGAUGCAUCGCCAAGAGAAACUUGGGAAGCCAGCCGUCAUUCCCAACUCGCUAUGGAAGGACGGGAGGUUCACGAGCAUCUGCCUCAUGAUCGGUCUCUCCAAUGGAGCGCAGAGUGGAUUGUCGCUGUUUUGCAGUUUGUUCUUUCAGGAAGUCCAGCAUCUGUCGGCGUUCCAAGCCUCCCUCCGCCUCCUCCCACAAGCUGCUACAGGAGCGUUAUGCUGCAUCUUCGCCGGAGUCUUCAUUAACCGAGUCUCUGCCUUGGCCGCCGUAAUCGUCGCCAUGGUCUUCUGCUCGCUCUCUCCUCUCCUCAUGGCCAUCACACAGCCGUCGUGGCCGUACUGGUACAGCGCCUUCUGGGCCCAGGUUGUGGGUCCAUUGAGCAUAGACGUGUCGUUCAUCGUUGGAUCACUCGUCAUUGCAGAGGUCUUCUCCGGCAAGUCUCAGGCUCGUGGAGCGGCCGUCUUUAGCACAUUCUCUCAGAUCGGAGUCAGCAUCAGUCUGUGUAUCAUGUCCGUCAUCUCGACCAAUAUUGCAGGAGACAAGCACACUACUGAGGCUCUCCUCCGCGGAUAUCGAGCCAGCUUCUGGACGCAGUUUGCCUGGAUCGCCGCCUCUGCCCUGAUUGCCGCAGUUGGUCUCAGGAAGCUGGGAAGGGUCGGCAUGAAAAGAGACUAG